AUGUUCCGCAAAGCCGUGCACCUAUCCCAUUCGCACCUGGUGUCGGGAGCUGACCGCAAGAAGCUCAGGCGCGCCUUGGACAAGCAGCUGGGUGGCGUUGACGAGGCGCUGCUUGACACGCUGCUGCCCGUGAAGGCUGGCGACCUGCAGCAGGCCAAGCUCGGCCCCCCGGCACGCGGCACGCUGUACGUCUUGGAUGGCGCCCCCCUCGUCUUCGACGCCUCUGGCAAGGGCGACUACUACGUCCCGACGGUCAUGGGCCUCUGGCGCGCGCCCGAGCUGCUGCCGCGCGUGCCGCUGCGGCACCCGGCCGUUUCCCAAUUCAUCUGUGGCGCCGGCCACGGCCACGGCGCGGACGUGAUGCUGCCAGGCGUCAAUGUCGCAGCGCUGCCGCCGUUUGCAAAGGGCGCCCUCGUGUCCGUCGUCGUCCCAGGCAAUCCCGCGCCAAUUGCAGUGGGGUUUGCCGCCCUGAGCAGCGAGGACAUGGCGGCUGCCUUCGCCGCCAGCGGGAAAGGGAAGGCAGUGGAGGUCCUGCAGGCCUACGGCGACCACCUGUGGCAGGAAGCUGUCGGGAAGCCGGUCCCGAAUGAGGGAUUCUUGGAGGGAGUCGUUGCGCCCUUGCCCGGCGUGUGGGACGGUGGCGCCGAAAUUGGCGACCAGGGGCACGGCAGUGGCGGCGACGAGGAGGGCAGCAGUGGAGCGGGCAGCGGAGAGGCUGCGGCCGAGGGUGCGGCGGCCGAGGGCACGGCAGUGCGCGAUGCAGGGGCUUCUCUGCCCACCGCUGAGGCCACCACGCCGGCAGCAGAGAAGGCCGCAGGAGUUGAGGCCGCUGCAGACAUGGACGCUCUGUUGGAGGCUGCGCUGCUGCAGGCACUGCACAAGAGCGUGAAGGACGCUGACUUGCCCCUGGCUGGCUCGGUGCUGUGGUCGCAGCACGUGCUGCCACACCGCCCCCCAGGCAGCGUGCUGGACGUCAAGAAGAGCAAACACAAAAAAAUCUCCAAGAUGCUGCAGGUGUACGCCAAGGAGGGGCUGCUCAAGGGCAAGGAGGACAAGGCAGGAGACUUUGUUGUGUCGGGGGUCAACCGCAGCCACGUGCUGUACGAGGACUUCCGGCCGUACAGACAGCAGCAGGGGCAGCAGGGGCAGGGGGCCGCGGGGCCCGGCGGCGGCGACGGCGGUGGCGGGGGAGGCAGCAAUGGCGGCGGCGGCAGUGGGGAGGACCUGUUUAUCGCCGAGCUGUUCAAGCCAACCCGGGAACUGAAGCCCAUAUUCGAGGCGGUGGGUGCCAGCCCCGACAGCCUCUACAGCGCCCCUGAGGCUUUCGAGGUGGCGCAGGCCUAUGUCAAGGCGGCAAAGCUCGAGGAGGGCGCGCCGGACCCGCGGACGCUGGUGCUGGACGUUGCCCUGUGUGACGGCCUGUUCAAGGGCGUGGUCAAGAAGGGGGACACUUUCCCCACCACGCUGCCCAAGGCGGUGCUGCGGGAAAAGUUUCUGGGCCGCAUGCAGGCGCAGUAUCUGGUGCAGCGGGGGCAGCAGCGUGUAGUGCGCAAAGGCGCGCCACCGCCGAUCCACGUCAGCACCGAGAAGCGGCAGGGGAACAAGCGCGUCACAAAGGUUGUGGGUCUGGAGGCGUACCUGGUGGAUGUGGAGGCCUGCGCUGCUGAGCUGCGGUCCAAGCUGGCCUGCAGCACCACCACGGUGGAGCUGCCUGGGAAGAACAAUCCGGGGCACGAGGUGGUGUGCCAGGGCGCCAUGAUUGAAAAGGUGGCGGACCACCUGAUCAACACAUACGGCAUUCCCAGGAAGUCCAUUCUGACCAAGGCUGUUUGA